AUGUCUUUUAAAAAACACAACAAAACGAAGAAAAUAAAUGAAGAAAUAAAGAAAAAAGAAGAGGAUAACAAUAAAAAGGAAAUUGAAAGUAAACCAAAAAAAGAAAGACCUCAAGUUGGUGUUUCAGAUAAAAAGUUAUUUGUUAUUGGAUUACCAAAAGAUUAUAGUAAUGAAGAGUUCCAAACACUUAUGGGAGAGGUUGCUCCAGUGAAAAAAGCAUUUAUAAUAACAAAACAUGGAUCUAAAGAGUGUACUGGAAAUGGAUAUGCAAUUUAUGGAACAAUUGAAGAUGCACAACUUACUAAAAGGAAAUUAAAUAGAAAAAAAAUUAAGAAAGGAAAAGAAAUAAAAACAAUUUAUGUUAAAUUUGCUGAUAAAAAAUUACGUGAUGAAAAAGAAACAGCUAUUCUUACUAAAAGAAAAGAAGAAAGUUUAUUUGAAGAUUCAUUUAGUAAGCAAACUAAUGAAGAAAAAAAAGAAUUAGAAAUUAAACAAGUAGAAAAAGAAAAUUCACAAGCUUCUUCUGAAAGAACAAAAAGAAUAUUAGAAAGUGUAUUAGAUGAAAUUGAUAAUGGACAAUUAAAUCAACAAAGUGAUGAUGAAGAAGAACUUAAAAUGACAAGAAUAGAACGUGAAGCUAAAAAGAAAUUAGCUAAAGGUCAACUUCAACGAAAACAACAAUUAUCUAAAUUAAAUGAAGAAUGUAAUGGACAUAUUCGAUUUGAAUCUUAUAAUGAAAAGAAAUCUAAACAAUUUAAAAAACAACCAAAAAAGAUAUAUUAA